CGAAAUAGCUGUAGUGAUAAUAGUUUAAAAUAAAUUCUGUGGAAGUUUGAAAACAGUUUUCAGUGUUUUAUUGUUAUAUAGAAAAAUUAUUUGACAAAACUGAUUCUAAAAGAAUUUUUACAUAAACAAAACUCUCAGCAAAUCAAGAUGUCCCUUCUAACAAACAAUAACGUUAUCGAUAUAAUUCUGCUUUUAGCUACGAUAGUUUUAUUGGGUAAAGUCUACAUAAACUAUUGCUAUGGGUACUGGAAAAGAAGAGGAGUCACGCAGUUGACGCCUCAAUUUCCUUUUGGAAAUCAUGGAAACAAACUUCCUAGAGGAAUCUCAAUAGGUGCCAUAACCAAGAAUUUCUACGAUGAGUUUAAAAAAAAAGGAUUAAAAUUUGGAGGUGUUUACUUUGGACUAGACCCACACUUAGUAAUAGUAGAUCCCAUAUACGCUAAAGACAUUUUAACAAAAGAUUUUCAAUACUUUACUGAUCGAGGAAUAUAUAUUAAUAAGAAGAAUCCUAUAACUGUGCAUCUUUUAACUCAAGAAGGUGCAGAGUGGAGAGAUGCGAGGGCCAAAUUUACCAACAUCUUUACUUCUGCAAAGAUGAGAUACUUUUUCGAAACUGUAAAAAAAUGCAGCGAAGAUUUAAAAUCAAGUUUGAAACAAUACGUUGACCAGGAUGUAGAUGUUGAUAUAUUUGAGAAUGUAGCUUGUUACACCACCGAUAUUAUUGGAGAUGUGGUUUACGGCAUUCAAGCUCAAAGUUUUUCCAAGGAAGGUGCUAUUUUUAGAAAAAUGGGAAGGGAACUGUUUACCAAAUUUACUAUAUUUAAUCAAAUUAGCAUUUUAAUGACCAUCUGUUAUCCAAAACUAUCAAAAAUCUUAGGCAUGGUAAAUAUUCAAGAUCAUAUUGAAGAAUUCUUCAUGAAACUUUUAAAAGAAACUGUGGAUCUCAGAGUAGCAAACAAGACUUCUAGAUCAGAUUUUCUUCAACUGCUAAUUGAGAUGAAGAAUUCUGGUGUUGAACUUUCUGAUGAUGAAAUGGCUGCUCAGGCAUUCUUGUUUUUCACCGCUGGAUUUGAGACUUCUUCGAUGUCUAGCAGUUUCAUAUUAUUUGAGCUAGGUUUGCACCAAGAUGUUCAAGAUAAAAUCCGGGAAGAAAUUAAUGCUGUAUUGAAGAAACACGACGAUAAAAUAUCAUACGAUGUACUGAAAGAGAUGAAGCUUUUAGAUCAAGCUUUUAAUGGUAAUGUUAUGUUUUUAUUAUCUCCUAUUUACCCUAUUUCAUGUAUUAAACAUGUUCUUACCACAUAUUUUAUUUAGUCUUUAUGUAUUUAUUUGUAGACAGUCUUACACUAAUUUAUUUGCACUAAAAUUAAUUUAUACAUAAUUGUAACAAUAAAACACUGAAAACUUUGUUUUCAAACUUCCACAAAAUUUAUUUUAACUAUUAUUACUACAGCUGUUUCGGCUGAUUGCCUUUCUCAAGUGAUCUAUUUUCGGCAUGCGUUUACAAUUUAUAGUCUCUAAUGAAAUAAGUUGAGGAGGGGAGAACUCUAAAAUAAGCAAUUUGUGAAUACAAAUAAAUUUUGUUGUUUUAGUCUUACCUUUAUAGUAACAACACAUGUACGUUUAUCAUUUAUGUAUUAUACAUACAUAUAAGUUUAUUAUUAUAACCCAAACACACACUAAAACUCAAAUACUUGCGUAUCUCUGUAAACCAAACUGAUAGGAGGACUGUGAGGUUACUAUAUAAUUGGCGCGCGAAUGUUAAGGCCGUAUGAUACUAUGCAUUUUCUUGUAUCAUUUCUUAUAUUUGAUUUGGUUUGAGUCUUCUUACAAACUCCUUCUGAUGACGGGUAGACCCAGAAACACGUGUCAGGGAGUGGUAAGAGACUCAAAUUAAAUCGAAACGCAACAUUCUUCGUAUAUUUAUCGUCCCUACUCGACGCAAUGAGUACAAAAUUGAUGGUAAUUUAUAUGGG